AUGCCUGCUCACGGUCUCACGACAAAAGAGAUGCUCCUAGACGAAGCUGAGCAAGUUCUCGGAGAAAACGCUCUUGCAACCAUUGAACCUAGAGCUGUUGAAGUUCGAAAGCCUGGCAACCGUCCCAAAGCUGUAUUCAAAGCACCACCAGUAUGCUCCACUCAAAAGGUCAUCCCUCGUGCUCUUCAAGGCGGUCCUGCAAGCAUCUUCGUGGGCUUUAACUAUGAGUGUCCACGCUGGCAGCCUGGAUCUGUCGUCCGAUGGGCAGUAUAACGUAAAGGCUUCGACAGCAAUGAAGACGCCGAAUAUACUGCUAAACAGUUUGCAGUGGCAGCCGAAGCAUGGAACGCUGCUAGUGUUGGUGUCACAUUUGAGUGGGUCCAAUUCGCGAAAGAUGCCACAUUCGUUCUUUGUCACGGUGGAGAUAAAGGUGGCGUGCUUGCUGAAGCCUUCUUUCCAAACGCCAAUGAUUUGAACUUUUUUUUUGUGUAUACGCUAGCCUUUAAGGAAUUCAAGGAAAGCAUGUCUAAUAUUUUUGAACAUGAGUUGGGCCAUGUCUUAGGACUGCGACAUGAGUUUGCGAUGGGUCCAGAUAUGAAAAUGUAUGAAGGGGGUGAUAAGCAAUUGGGGCCACGAAAUGAGUUCAGUGUUAUGAAUUAUAGGCUGGAGCUACCGAAGAUUCAGCCGAGUGAUAUAGACUUUACCAAGAAGUUUUAUCAGUUGAAGAAGGAUAAGAAUGGGAGAUCCCCAAGAGUUGGAAUGACUCCUGUGAAAGACUACACACCAAUGUAG